AUGUCAGAGGAUACUCCAGUCAAGACUGCAGUUGAUCCAACCACACAGCAUGACAGAGAAAGCCCAGAUGACAUCUCAGAGACGUCAGAGGACACUCCAGUCAAGACUGCAGUUGAUCCAACCACACAGCAUGACAGAGAAAGCCCAGAUGACAUGUCAGAGACGUCAGAGGACACUCCAGUCAAGACAUCAAGAGAAGAAAUUGAAUUUGUUCCUUCAUCACCUGUUGCCUCCGAAUCAAGUGGCAGCAUUACUUUUCCAAUGCACAAUCACUGGAGAAAGUCUCUUGUGGGUUCCAAGGAAGGUGUACGUUUGCCAGUUGAUGGGGAAGUUAAUGAUUCUGAGUGGGAUUCUGAUGAUGAUUAUGACCCCUCCUCUGCAACAAGUGAUGAUGACUCGGAUAGUGAAGUAUCAAUUCCUGAAGAAAACCAAUACAACACAACUGAAGAUAAAAACGCCUCGGAUCUCUCAGAAGAAGACGAAAUCCUACGAGAUAUAAAUGUUCCGAGAAAUAUUGAUAAUGAAACCAAAGAAAGUACUACGCCUCACAACACACGCGUCACUGUGCAAGAAGCUAACGAUGAUAUGGCAUCACAGAAGCAAAUGUGGGAAUACCUGAGACCUGCCCAUGUGGACAAAAUAGUUGAAGCAGCUUUAGACACAGCAGUCCAAGAACACUUGCAGAAGAAGUUGACAGAUGAGGACCUGUAUCAAGGGGAUGUCACCUGGUCGAGUUAUCAGCAAGUAGCGCAGUAUGCUCAGGCCAGACUACUUACCUUCAAUAAAAGGCGUUCGGGAGAACUGGAAGCAAUACACCUAAAGAGCUAUCUUCAGCGAACAUCCGUGGCUGAUGUGGAUAGUGGCCUGACUGGACAAUUAAGCGAGACAGAGCAGUACCUGCUGCAAAAUCAUGAUUUACUGGAGACUAGAGGAAGGGUUGGACAUAGAGUGCCAGUUGUGAUCCCGAAGGACUGCCAGAGAGCGCUUGCCUAUCUUGCAAAUAGUGAAAUGAGAAAGAAAGCUGGAGUGAGACAAACAAAUAAGUACCUCUUCCCAAAUGCUGGGGAUUCCGUUCUCAGGGCCUAUGACUCCCUAAAAAAGGUUUGCCAAGAGUGCGAUCUCCAAAUACCUGGAAGAAACACAAGCGUCAACUUACGCAAGUACAUGGCAACAUUGGCCCAGGUUAUGGACCUAACCCCCAACCAAAUGGACUGGGUAUGCAAACAUCUGGGUCACUCAAAGACAGUGCAUUUAAAUCACAAUAGAGUCAUGAGCUCUUUUCUGGAACGUGUUGAAAUUGGAAAACUAUUGCUCAUGCAAGAUUUAAAUGUUCAGUCCAAUUUUGUUGGGAAAACUUUGAUUGAUGUAGAUUUUUCCAGCAUUGUGUUUAGAAGAGCCUAAGAGGGAGUUGUUGCCAGUUGCAGCCAAGCAUCAACCCGAGAAGGAAGAGCAGUUGAAUAUGCAACCUCUCAGAGUGGAGAAGAAUCCAGCGCUUCUGAUUUUGAAGAAGUGCCCAAGAAGGAGAGGAAGGUUACGGUUAGCAAACCUCAAAGACGGUCUCGCACAUUCAUAGAGCUCGAGGAGUUGCGCAAAUACUUGCAUGAGAACUUUGAGACCAAAACAACGCCAGGCAAACAGCAGUGCGACAGAGCCAUCGAGCUGAGCAGGCAGAAUG